AUCUGUCUAAACUCUAUGGUAACUACAAAUUAACAUGAAAAAAAAGCAUCUGAAUUCACCAACUAUAUAGGUUUAUAAAAAUAAAAUAGUCUACUCAUAAGGGGUCAAAAUAAGAGAUGAUAAUAUAUAUGUAUAAGUAAAAUAAUCAAAGUUUUGAUUAUUUUAGACAAGGGUCUUAAACACUUUUUAAUACCUUGCGUAAAUGAAAUAAAUAUGUGUUUCAGGAAUUUAGAAAAUUUUACUUGUAAGGGAAUAGAGGUUGAAAGUUUGUAUGAGACUUGCAUAACUUUUUAUCUGAGGAACCCUAAAUUUUUUAUUUAUACCAAUAAUUUAAGAGAAGUACAUAUAUUAUAUAUUGAGACCUUUAGAGAUAAAAUAAGGGUUGGAAAAUAAUUUAUUUUCAUGUAAGCAAGGAAGGAACGUACGCUUAGAAGUAAGAUCUAUUUUGAUGGACUAAAAGUUUUUGUCACUAUUUACCUACUAGGCUUCCACCCAAAUAAUAUGUGACAACUGACAACAUUGACUGUGUAAUUAUGUUUUUUACAACUAGUAACAUUUUAUCAAUGAGUGUUCUUCCGUCGGUGGUGUGCCGGUUUCUAAUUUUUACAUUUUCCCGUUUUAUUAUCUAAAGUUUUGAAGAAACAGUGUGAACAAUGCAUACAGAAACGACAUUAACACUUAUACAAAUAUUAGAAAAGACUGUAUCACCAGAUCGAAAUGAAUUGGAAGCUGCAGAAACCUACCUUGACCAUGCAGCUGUUACCAAUUUUACAACAUUUAUCAAAAUGUUGUCUGAUGUCCUGGUUGCGGGAGGAAACAGUCAGGUGGCUAGGAUGGCUGCAGGUUUACAGCUGAAAAACCACCUUACCUCUAAGGAUCCUACACUAAAACAACAGUACCAACAAAGGUGGCUAGCUCUUCCUGAGGACAUCAGAUUAUAUAUUAAGAAAAAUAUUCUAACAGCAAUUGGAACUGAGAAUAGCAGGCCUAGCUCAGCUGCUCAAUGUGUAGCCUAUGUAGCAGUGGCAGAACUUCCUGUAGGACAGUGGAAUGAUCUGAUACCCAUCCUUGUAGAAAAUGUUGUUAAUGCUCAAUCUACAGAACUUAAAAAAGAAGCAACAUUAGAAGCAAUUGGUUACAUCUGUCAAGAAAUUGAUGCAGAGGUCUUGACGGAACAAAGCAACCCCAUUUUAACCGCUAUCAUUCAUGGAAUGAGAUCUAUUGAAACCAGCAACCAUGUUCGUCUUGCUGCCACCCAAGCUUUACUAAAUUCAUUAGAAUUUACAAAAGCCAACUUUGAUAAAGAAAAUGAAAGGAAUUUCAUAAUGGAAGUUGUAUGUGAAGCCACACAAUCAAGUGACAUGAGAAUUAGUGUUGCAGCUCUUCAAUGCUUAGUCAAAAUUCUCUCUUUGUACUACCAAUAUAUGGAACCUUAUAUGGGUCAAGCACUAUUUCCAAUCACUUUAGAAGCUAUGAAAUCUGAUGUUGAUGAAAUUUCACUUCAAGGCAUUGAAUUUUGGUCUAAUGUUAGUGAUGAAGAAAUUGAUCUUGCAAUUGAAGAAGUGGAGGCAGCUGAAGCAGGACGACCACCAGCUCGUACUUCAAGAUUUUAUGCUCGAGGUGCCUUGCAAUACCUUGCACCUGUCCUUAUGCAAAAAUUAACCAAACAAGAUGAUACAGAAGAUGAAUUAGAAUGGAAUCCAUCUAAAGCUGCAUCCGUUUGUCUCAUGCUUUUAUCAAACUGCUGUGAAGAUGAAGUUGUUCCCCAUGUACUACCCUUCAUCAAUUCUAAUAUUAAAAACGAAAAUUGGAGGUAUAGAGAAGCUGCUUUGAUGGCCUUUGGUUCAAUUCUUGGUGGACUUGAAGCAAAUACUCUGAAGCCAUUAGUGGAAAAGGCUAUGCCAACUCUAAUCGAAGCCAUGUAUGACUCUAGUGUGGCUGUGCGAGACACAGCUGCUUGGACAUUUGGAAGAAUUUGUGAAAUAGUUCCUGAAGCUGCUAUUAACGAAACCUAUCUGAAACCACUUUUGGAAAGUCUUGUCAAUGGACUGAAAGCAGAGCCACGUGUAGCUGCUAAUGUUUGCUGGGCUUUUACAGGACUGGCAGAAGCUGCCUAUGAAGCAGCUGAUUGUGGAGAUUCCAAUCAACCUAAAACCUAUUGCAUGUCAAAAUACUUUGAUUUUAUUGUUCAGCGGCUUCUUGAAACUACUGAUCGCCAAGAUGCAGCACAACAUAAUUUGAGAUCAGCUGCAUAUGAGGCUCUUAUGGAAAUGGUCAAGAACUCUCCCACUGAUUGUUAUGUAACAGUGCAAAAAACAACUAUGGUUAUUUUGGAGAGACUCCAACAAGUAUUACAAAUGGAGAACCAUAUCUCCAGUCAAGCUGAUCGUUCACAAUUUAAUGAUCUCCAGAGUCUGUUGUGCGCUACACUGCAGUCUGUACUCCGCAAGGUAACUCCAGAAGAUGCCCCACAAAUAUCAGAUGCAAUAAUGACUGCUCUGUUGACUAUGUUUGCUGGCAAUGCGGGAAAAGCUGGUGGAGUUCAAGAAGAUGCUUUGAUGGCAGUCUCAACACUGGUUGAGGUGUUAGGAGAAGGCUUCCUUAAAUACAUGGAUGCUUUUAAGCGAUAUCUAUAUGUUGGGCUCAAAAAUCAUCAAGAAUAUCAAGUUUGCAUAGCAGCUGUUGGACUCACUGGGGACAUCUGUCGCGCAUUGAAAAGUAAAGUGCUGCCAUACUGUGACGAAAUUAUAGUGUUGUUAUUGGAAAAUCUUGGAGAUCCAUCAAUUCAUCGAUCUGUAAAACCACAGAUUUUAUCUGUGUUUGGAGAUAUUGCCCUAAGCAUUGGUCCCGACUUUGCUAAGUACUUUGAUGUGGUGAUGCAAAUGUUGUUGCAGGCCAGCAAUGCUCAAGUAGAUCGUAAUGAUUACGAUAUGGUCGAAUAUUUAGGUGAGCUUCGCGAAAGUGUGCUGGAGGCUUAUACUGGCAUAAUCCAAGGCUUGAAAGGUUCUACUGGUGAGGUGAGAUCGGAUGUGGCGCUCGUGGAACCACACGUGCCGGCCAUCGUGACAUUCAUGAUGCAAGUGGCCUGUGAGGCCGAGCGCACGGACGGGCACAUGUCGGUGAUCGCGGGGCUGACGGGCGACCUGUGCACGGUGUUCGGCCAGCGCGUCCUGCCGCUGCUGGAGACUCGGCCCCUGUUGGACUUGCUGCAGGCCGCUCGACGCUCCCGCACUCCUCGCACCAAGGCACUUGCAAAUUGGGCGACUAAGGAAAUACGCAGACUCAAGCAUCAAACGCCUCUUACUAGCUGAUUUGAACCUGUUCUAAAACUUCUACGUGAAACAAUGCAGCUUGAGAUAAUUUGCCGCUGGUAAACUCAACUGUGUUGGCAGGCAUAUUAUGUCCAUAUUAAUAAGUCGUUAGGUGCAUUUGUUAGAGGCCUGUAUUAUUUCAAUGUAUUGCCAACAUUUUAUAAAGUAGUUAUCUCGUGUUCAUAGGCUUAUAUAGCCUUUAUGAGUAAUUAAUAUUCAAGUAUGUAUUGUACAUCUAUUAUAUUACAUAAUAUAUGAAUAUUUCUCUACUUUAGUAACAUGUUACCAUUACUGUAGCAUAGUAACAUCCAUUGCUUUAUUUUAUUUAAUGAGCAUUGUACCAUGACAAAACAGUCUGUUAAAUUUAUUGUAACCAGUAACAAAGUCAAAAAUGGAUGAAUGUUUAUGAACUAGUAAAAUUGUAUUAUGUUAACUGAUAUUUUGCAUAUAAGAAAAAUGCUAAUAUAAUUUGUAAUGGCUUUUUCUUAAAAUCACCUAGUGAUUUUUGGCCCCAAACAAUGCACUUAGCGUAGCAUUAUUUAAACUUUAAUAUAUGUGCCUGACCAUAAUUUUCCAUAAUUAUUAUCUUAAAGUUGAAGCAUUUUUCCUAUUUGGUAUUAUAAAUACAGACAGUGGCUGUGGUAUCUUUACUUAUGUGAGAUAAAGUGAUAGUUUGAAAGAGAUUGUGUGAAAGGUGACGUAUGUUAUUAUAGGCAUGCACAUGUGCAAGGGAUUAUGAAUUUUAUAAAUUAUUAUUAUGUUUUGUAAGAUGUAUGAAAGAUUUUAUGGAUGGAUAGGAAUGCAUGUGUAGAUGCGUGCAUGAUUAUCUCAGAUAUUUUAUAAACUUAGGCAUUGUCGAUCAUAAUGGAAAUUCGGUAUAUUAAUGUAUGUUUAAGAUUCCGUCGACAUUACUAGAGACUGAAGGACGCCAUAUUGGCGACGAUUCUUUUUUUAUUCAUCGCAAUUCAAGUCAAAUAUGAAAAUAUUUCAUAAAAAGGUAUAGGAAAACGUUUCAUCAAUAAACUUACAUGACGCCCUAUAGAAAUGAACUAGAAAACGAAAUAUUUUGGCACUAUUGUUAGAGUCGCCUGUUAAAAGAAUUUGCUAUAUAAUAAUAUUAGAAGUAUAACUUUGGUUAACCGAUCAUGUAGUGUACCCAAAACUACAUUUCUGGUUAUUUUAUCUCUCACACUAUUUAUUGUAUUGGCCUACUGUCUUAACAUUAACUGUUGGUAUAACUUAAUGUAAUCGUAAUCUUUACAAAUGAUUCUCUAUGGUGUCAAAUGGUUUUUAUAAAGGCUUAGGCAGAUUUACGACAGGUAAGCGACAAAAUAUUCGCGUCACCGGCAAAUGAUGUAAACGGUUGCUUUUAAAAGAUCAACGUUAGAGGCCACUAAAUAGCUAUUAAAAAAUAAUAAGCUUGCCUAUCUCAAAAAUCUCAAUCUUCCUUUGUGAUGAAUAAAAAGUGUCCUUGCCUUCUGAUCUCAAUAUCACAUUAUUGUACAUAUGUAAUUAAAACUUUUUUUUCUUAUGUGUUAAAAUGGCAAAACCUUAAAGACCAAGCAGACCAUUUGUUGAAAUAACACCUAUGGGCUGAUGAUAUUGCCAUAAUAUUGAUGCUUUUCGUUGACCAUAAUGAUAUUCACAAUUAUCAAAUUUCAAAAGGGGUAUCUUCACUAAAUAUUUAUUUUCGUAUCGUAUUGUUUACUUUUAUAAAGUGAUCUUAAAUGCAGUACAUUUUAAAUAAGUAGGCAGAAUGUUUUCUUUAAAUUUUACGUUAAAAAGUUAAAGCCUUACAAGACACUUUUGGCUAUCACAUUCGGCAACGAGCAGGUUUGUUGCCGUUAUCGUGACCUUAUCAUAUCAUAAACACUAUGAGGCCGCCGAUAUCAUGUCGUUGUCGACUAACUCAAAGCUUGACUCAGUUCGAAUUAUAAUGUUGAAAUACAUGACAUGAUAUUAAUUUUGCUGCCUCUGGUACGCGCAAUCGCUUGUUGUUUAUUCAAAUAUCUAUUUUGUCUUACUUUGUCGAUCAAACUUGCUCUUAGACAAAUGUACGAUAACUUAAUCUAACUCGCUGUUAUCAAUGUUUAGUCCAGUUUCAAAACUCGUGACUAAUAUUUUAACCAAUUCGUUCCGUUUUUACGGAUAGAAUUCUUUUUAUACUCUUCUGGUUUAGGACUUAAGUGUGAUAACUUAAGCAUGAAAAUACCCUUAAUGUUAUUUAAUUUCAAUGUUGACUUGUUGAGUGUCUGCUAGUCUGUGAGCAUCACUGAUAGGAUUGAUGUUUGCGCGAAUUAUGCAAGAAUUUACUACGUGAAGUGUGUCAUUAGUACCGAUUACUUGUUUUACUUUAUACAUAAUACAAUAUAUAUUUGAAAAAAAUAUCAUUUGGAUAAAAAUAAAUCAGAAAAAGUAUUCCAAAUGUCAUACAAGUUACGUAUGUACUUAUAUUUAAGUAUGAUAGGAGAAUAUGUGAGGACUAGUGCCAUGCCAUGAAAGGUUCUGAAUUAGAAUCAUAGGCAUCGAGUCAAUGAAUACCACCCACUUUUCCUGCGCGAAUCUAAAAUCAAUUAGUUGUUUUGUUACGGCGUAUAUUUUCAUUCGUUUUGACUAUUACUAUCUGCUACUCUGUAAACUGUUCUAUGGUGAUUAAACUAUUUAGAAGUUAAA